GAUAACCUUCCAUACUACGAUUUUACGUAAUAACACCAUGUUUGGUGUUAACCACCGUUCAACUAAACAAACGGUUGGCGUUUAAAGUGGUUUUUAACAAGCUGUAAAGCCUAUAACUAUUGAAUUACUACUCACAUGUUUUAUUUUAUUCAUCUGUAACUAUAGAAAGAAAAAAAAACAAAUGUAAACGUAUUCUGUUUAAAAUAUGCAAGGCAGCUCAUUUGGUCGGCCUCUUUUUGUCAAUCAUAGUCAUGAAGUCAAUGAGCCAAUGACUGAUGCGUAAAUUACAUUAGGUUCAGUUAAGUAGACGUAACGUAAUUAACGGCUCAAAUCAUUUUCAGUUUCAAAUCAUUGGACGCAAGUCGUACCAAAUCAAACCAAAGUUUCACUUUGAAGGAAUGGGCCCAAGAUGGGCUUAUAAAGGCCCAUUUACUAAUUACAAUAAAUACGAUCAGGCUUUACGGUUGAUUCAAAUCCGCGCCUUUACUAAACCUUAUUUUCAUCGUCCUUCGUUCGUUCGAUCCUCAUGAAAUCGAUGGGUGGUUAUCGUCUUCUCCGAAGCUCCGGCGUCGUCAUCGGAAUCAUCUUGCUACAUCUCUUUGCUUUCUCUUCUCUAGUCUCAUCAGAUGAACUUCUGUUCGUUGUGGGAGAGACAAGGGCGGUUCAAGUGAAUCCUAGUUUAGAGGUGAAGGGCUCUCCUGGAUUGAAGCCAGAGAGAACCUCUCUAUGCGAGAGGAUACAUAUCAAUGGACUUCGAAGGUUUAAACACAUGGGCAAGUACGCUCACUCGUUGAAGUUGAUACUUAAGGCAUCAACCGCUGGGAAAGCAAGUAACUUUGAUGUUUGCUUCCACAGGAAUUUGUCGCGUGCAAUUGGGAUGUGCCCUCCAAGUCGGUGGGAGAAAGUCUCUAAGGGUUCAUGGGUUCAGACAAUGUCGCCCUUUGACCACAAAGUCAUUGACGUAAGAUCUAUUAGCUCAGCAAAGGUCACUCUGGAACUGUCUGCUGUAGAAGAGUUUUCAAUGUAUCGCAUAGUGUUCUUAAUACUUGGUGCGGUUUUGUUGGCUUCGGCUUCGACCCUGAGCCAAUCGUUAGCAUUUUACUACAGCAGUGCCAUGGCUGUUGGUAUUAUGCUUGUUGUGCUGCUUGUCCUCUUUCAGGGAAUGAAGCUAUUACCAACUGGUCGGAGCUCGUUUGCAUUGUUCAUAUACUCAACUCUGCUUGGUUUAGGUGGUUUCCUUCUACGCUACAUUCCUGGUUUAUUUCAAAGCCUGCUAACUGAGAUGGGAAUCGACGAAGAUAUGUACACCCCUGUAGCGAUAUUUGCCGGGGUGUUUCUAUCUUUAGCUGGAGCGUUUUUUGGAUUUUGGACUGUGAGGAAACUAGUUCUAACCGAAGAUGGCUCCAUUGACAUGAGCACAUCACUCUUUGUUUCUUGGUCUAUCCGGAUCAUUGCUGCUGUUUUGAUUCUUCAGAGCUCUGUUGAUCCUUUGCUUGCUGGAGGAGCACUGAUAUCUGUAAUUCUUAUAUCAUCGAGUUUAAAGAAGAUCAGCAGAUUGAAGUUCGUACUACGCUUAUAUGAGAUUCCAUUGAAUUUACUGAUAGGAAUCUGGGAGGCAAUUCAUUAUGCUGAAGUACCAACCAUCCCUGGAUAUCUCCAUGACUUCAUGCAAAAGAGUCCUGAUGCUUCUGAAUUUCACAACCGUGUUACUUUUGCUUCUACAUCAGGAGGCAUCAGUGGGAUGCGACAAUCUCCACCGUCUGAAUCAGAUACUUUCCCUUCCUCUUUCCAUAAAACCCCUGAAAGGAGCAAACUAUCAAAAGAAGAGUGGAAGAAGCUCACAAAGGAUAGCACGACAAAGGCGGUUAAAGAAUUGGUUUCUUCACCUGGUUUUAGCGUAUGGGCAGCAGCAAAUGCGGAUAGGAUCAAUGUGACUCCAAGGAAAGAGUCCGGUAGCAGAGAGUCCGGUAGCACAAACCGGCCACGGAGAUGGCUGCGUUGGUCCUGAACCAAUCCGGUUUAAAGUUUUCAAACCGUUUAGAGGGAGGGAGAGAGAACUCUUGUAGAGAGAACUCUUGUAGAGAGAGCUCUUCUUGUAGGCAAAAGUUGCUUUCUUCUUUUAUGACUUUUGUUAGUGUUUUAGCUUUGUGUCACGAUUUGUUGUAACGAUGCUAAUGGGUCUUUAUUUAGGCUGUGUAUCAUGUUUGUGUGUAGACAAUGCAACGGGCAUUGUUUCUUUUGAUGGGUUCUUCUACUUUUUAUGAUGGAGGGUGAAUCUUAUAAUAUGGAUAUCAAUAUUAUAUAAUAAGAUUAUUGAUGUCA